AUGGAAACACAACGUUGCACAACAAAUUACCGCACAACAAAUCAAAGUCAGGAAAUAUUUGAUAUUUUUGGUCACCAUCUCAAUGAUGAUUGUGAAAAUGUCCACCCAAAAUUUGUAUGUAACAAAUGUAGAAGAAAACUUCAGCGUUACCAGAAAAGUCCAUAUACUGUUUUUCCUUUAGAUGUUGCUGAUUUUACCAAACAUGAAACAGUAACCUGUUUAGUAUGUUGUGGACAUUUAAACAAGCAUAUUUAUAAAAUCAAGUUUUCUGGUGUUUUAAAAAACGACCUAAGUAAAUCAAACAAUACUUUACUUUCACCUAUUCUUUCACCUAUUACUUCAUUUUGCAAGUUUCUUGAAAUUGCUAGCAUGUACAAGUUUAUGAAAACAAGUGAAAGUGAAAAUUGUUAUUAUCUUAGCAAAUUUCUUGAAAUUAGUGGAAUUCCAGUUAUUGAAAAAAGUUUAAAAAUUUAUGAAAACUUUUCUUGGGACAUAAUUGCCUACAAUUUACUUGUAUCUAAAGAGAAUUCUUACCUUGCAUUAAUACCAAAAGUAAUAUAUGAAGAAAACAUUCAUGAGUUUUUUAUGGCUGUUAGCGAAUUGAAAAUUUGUCCAGCCAAUGAUGAAUUUAAGGAUCUAAUUUCUCAUAAGCUGUCAUAUGGCUCAGAAUUGUAUUUCUUGAAUAGAGAUAAAAUUAUUAAAGCAAAAAUUGAAAAUAAACAAUUUUCAUCUGAAGCAGAUCUUAAAGUUAUAAGGUCAAGUAAAUGUGAUAAACUGAUUUCGAAUUAUGUAAGUAGAUGCAAUUAUUGCACUACAUUGAGAAAAGACCUUAUUUUGUAUUCUCAUAGAUAUGAAACAGACACAAUUGGAAGUAAAGAAAAAUCUCCUAAUAUUUACAAAAAUAGGGAACAAUUGUUAGAAAAAUGUGAAGAGCAACAUAAUUAUUUACAAUAUUUGAAGAGUGUUUUAAAAAGGAAAGAAAAGAGAAUACGAAAACUGUUUGAAAAAGAAAGCAUUGUUUUGCCUGACAAACUAAAUGAUGUUGUUAGUGGUGUUUUAAAAAGCAAUCAUAACCUUAGCUUUCCAAAAAAAUCUCCAAAGUAUUUAUUAUGGCAAGAGCAACUUAAAAACAUUGGAUUAAAGAAUAAAAAGUCAGCACGAUGGCACCCCUUGUUUGUAAGGUUUUGUCUCAGCAUAUACUUAAAAUCUCCAGCUGCAUAUGAGCACAUUCGAAACUCAGGUUUUAUUGAAUUGCCACAUAGAACAACUCUUAACCAAUACACUGACUUUGCUUCAAGUAAAUCAGGAUUUGUACCAGAAAUAGUUUCAAGAUUAUGCUUAGAUUUGAAAAUAGAAACGCUUAAAGAUCAUGAAAGGCAAACAAUUAUAAUGUUUGAUGAGAUGAAGAUUAAACAAAAUCUUAUCUUUUGUUCGACAUCUGGGGAGUUAAGAGGGUUUACAGAGUUAGGAGACAUGAAUGAAGAACUUAAUGAAUUUGACAGGUGUUUCAGCCUGGAAACAAAAAAAACUAAAGAUCUUGCAUCACAUAUAUUGUGUGUAAUGGUUGGUGGUCUUUUAAAACGUUUCGCAUAUCCAUUAGCUUAUUUUUGUAUAGCUGGUUUAUUAAGUGAUCAGUUGUUUCCAAUUAUUUGUAAGGCAGUUAGAAUAUCCGAGACUAUUGGUUUAGAGGUUGUUGCUGUUGUUUCGGAUGGGGCGUCUACAGAAGAUUCUUCAAACUGCAUGAAUUAGCUGAUGGCUCAAAUGUAUCAGUUGAUGGGGUUGUUUAUUGGAUUUAUAAUCGAUAUGACAUGGAUAGAAAAAUAUUCUUCAUCAGCGACCCACCUCAUUUAUUAAAGACACUGAGGAAUAACUUGGAAAAUUCUGGUAGUAAUAAUUUUACCAGAAGUUUAACGUGCAAUGAAAAAUCUUUAAGCUGGCAGCAAAUAGUUGACCUCUACGAUUGUGAUCUUGGCAGGUUUCGGUUAGCUCCUGGACUGCGAAAGUUACACAAGUUGACGCAUGAUCAUAUGAUUUUAACACCUAGAUUGCGGAUGAGAGUAAAUUUAGCUGCUCAGGCAAGACAAUUUCAUUUUAUAUAAGUAAAUGUAAAUUUCUUUUAGGAGAUGACGCAUGUUAUGCAUAAUUGAACCUUUAAGUAUAGUGUAACAUAAGUGUGAU